AUGGCUUUAGAAAUUAAAGUAAUACUUAGAGAGCUUUUCUAUGGCUUUUGAGCUUCAAUAAAGGUCCGUCAAUGCAGGAAUUGGGGCGGCAAAUGAUUUGAGGGCAGAGAAAAUAAUGAUUUUGAUCUCUUCAUCCGACGAGACGGGAGAGGUUCGCCUAUAAAAAUGGAUCCAACCUAACAAUAUCUCCGCCGGCCGAGCUGAUGUGAAUCCUCAGCUGUUGGUGGCUGAGUUGUUGCAGUUCGAUAAACCUCAAAAAAACCCACGACGAUGCUCCGGCACGGACCGAAAAUGGUGGCAGUGCUUCUCAGAAACCCUCUCGCCUUUCAAUCCUGCCGCCCUCUUUCUGCUCUCUCAUCCAAUCUCCACGAUAUCCGUCGAAUCAAUUCCAAUCGGGUCCCGCAAACUCUGUGUAGAUUCAAAUUUCCAUUAGGCCGCUUCCAAACUUCAAUGCUGGGAGCUUAUUCUAGGGUUUGGGGAUCUGUUUAUUCCAGAUUAGAGCGUGAGAGAUUUGAUUUCGUUAUGCUUCAGGCGGUUGCGGAUGGGGGUUCUGGAGGCGACGAUGGGUUUAAGGGUUCUGGAGGUGGUGGUAAUGGCGGCGGGGGCGGGGAAAAAAACGGGGGGAAUGGUUGGCCCUUUUUAUCAUGGUA